AUGGGAUCUUUGAAUGAUGAAAUUACUACUCCUUUAAUUGAUACUUCCGACUUACCUAUUGCUCAAAGGAAAGGUUUCAGGAAUUGCACUCACCAUCUAAUACAAAAAUAUAUGGCUUAUGGGCGGCUUAUGAUGACAUUCAAGGCCUUUACUUCCAAGGUUGAUACUUUAUCCAUCCCUAAAUCUAUUGAUAAUGCCUUAAAGGAUCCUAGGUGGAAAAAUAUUAUUGAAGAGAAGAUUAAGGCGUUGGAGGUUUGCAAACUUAUCAUAUCUUUAUAUGGCCUUAAACAGUCACCAUGUGCUUGGUUCGAGAGGUUGAAGGAUUUCUUAGCAAAAGAGUUUGAAACUAAGGACCUUGGUUCCUUAAGAUAUUUCCUUAGUAUGGAAGUGUCAAGAACAAGUAGUGGCUUUUUGAUUAAUCAAAGGAAGUAUGUUUUAGAUUUGUUAUCCAAAAUUGGUAUCAUGGGUUGCAAGCCUGCUUAA